AGAUUUGCAUUAAGUUGAGAGUUCCAAAUGUAAUUGGGUAAUUACUACUGAAAGUAGCAAGAUGGCAGCAAACCCUCCAAGUCAAGGACUGGUGCUGCUGCUGCUGAUAUACUCAUGCACAAAGCUGGGAACAAAGAAGGCAUCUGUCUUGGGUGACAGCAUCAUAGGUUUUAUUCUACAUGUGACCUUCCUGUUUUCAGAAUAAAAAUAGGGUUGCAAUCUUGGCAGAACUAGACAAGGAGAAGAGAAAAUUACUUAUGCAAAACCAGUCUUCCACGAAUCACCCUGGAGCCAGAGUUCUGCAGCCAUUCUGCCAAACAUCUGAUCUUCCCAUCAUGAAGAAUAUGGACCCAUGCAUUGCACUUGCAAGAUCUUCCCUUAAUAAGGAUUUCCGGGAUCAUGCUGAGCAGCAGCACAUAGCAGCACAACAAAAAGCAGCAUUACAGCAUGCACAUGCACAUUCUUCAGGAUAUUUCAUAACCCAAGACUCUGCAUUUGGAAAUCUUAUUCUUCCUGUCUUACCUCGACUAGAGUCGGAAUGAGGGCUGUUAUUUCUCAGAAUGAAGGAGAUGGAUAUGUUGUCCAUUGUUGAAGUUGCCAUCUUUCAGAACUACUUUAUAUGAUUUGGAAAACAGAUUGUGAACUGUUUAAAAAAUAUUUUUAUAUAUUUGACCUUUUUAUUCAAAAAAGCCUGUUUCAUUCUGGAUUCAUAUGCUUCUCUUCCACGGUUGAGUUGGCUUCACCUGAGAAGAGGUGCUGUAGAUUAUUAUGGAACUGACAGCAUUCUUCUUUACUUAAUUUCUUUUGUCAGCUCAGAGUAAGACUGUUCACCUGACAUAUCACUCCUACAUUUUAUUUUUCUGAUUUCCUCUCUUCUUUCAUUCAGUUGGAAGGAAGGAUGCCCCACCCAGAAUUUGAGACGCUUGUUCUAAUCUGCAUUUCUAAAGUAUCUGUCAUAGUAUCUAUGUACGGUACUUGACCUUAAUGAAAGCAGACAAAGUUGUCAUUGUCUAUCCUAAGACAGACAUGGAUUCAGUAGAUAGAUCAGUUACUUUCAUUCGCUCUGUGCAGGAACAUUAUUAGUGCACCCUAAUGUUUUUUAUGUUUAGUUUUUGUAACAGUAUCCUGGUUUCCCAGGUAGUUAGAGAUACUAUGUGCCAUUGUCAGUUUUAGAGUAUAUAAAACCUAAUUAUUAACCUUAUGAAAAAAUAAUCUUGUUUGUGUCCAAUUAUCUUCAUCUUUUCUAGUGACAUGGGGUAAAAAUUCCCAAAGCAUUUAAGUCCCAUGCCAUAAGUUACUUAGGCACUUUUGAAAAUGUUACCCAUGAAAGUUCAAGAUCUGCCCUCGAAUUCAAAAUGUUACGCUUUUAGGGUUUUUGUUCUUUCAGUGCCUUUGAAAGUGUUUGUGCUGCCCAAGUCAAAGUUUAGAUUUUGUCUCUGCAAAUCCUUUUCCAGCCUCAUUUCAGUUCUGGCAUCCCAUUUCAGUACUAGGCUGAAGCUUGCCGUACAAAGUCUAUUGGUUGGAUAAAUUACUUUGGAAGCAGAAUAAUGCUGGAAUAAAGACACUUAUUUUGGAA